UUGAUCCGACUUUUCACCUUUGGAUGAUAAUUGAAGGUGUGGUGCAAAAGUGACAGCAUUUGAACAUAAUCUUUUCCGCAGGUUAAAUUCUGCGAUUGACUAAAAAAAAUGUUGGAUUUGGAAAAAGAAUGGAGCAUCUCUUUCGCAGGAUGCGGUUUCAUGGGAAUUUAUUAUGUUGGAGUCAGCAGUUGCAUCCUUGAGCGUUUCCCUCGCUUCAUACAGAACGCAAGAAGAAUCUAUGGAGCUUCAGCAGGUUCUCUGAUGGCUGCUAUUCUGACUCUAGGAGUUCCCCUUGAUAAAUGCUGUGCAGAUUUAAUGCACAUGGCCAAGGAAGCCAAGAAGCACAAACUGGGGCCUCUGCAUCCAGCUUACAACCUGCUCCAGUUAGUUCAGGACUGUUUGCUGGGCAGCCUUCCAGAGGACGCCCACAUUCGAGCCUCCGGGAAGCUCUGUGUGUCUCUGACCAGAGUGUCUGAUGGGAGGAACUUGCUUGUCUCACAGUUUAGCAGCAGAGAUGAUCUUAUUCAGGCACUUAUAUGCAGCUGCUUUGUUCCUCUCUACUGUGGUGUUAUUCCACCUACAUACCAGGGAGUUCAUUAUGUGGAUGGUGCUGUCAGUGACAACCUGCCUCGCUGUGACCAAGGAAACACCAUCACUAUCUCUCCAUAUGCUGGUGAGAGCGACCUCUGCCCCCGAGCAACCACGCUGACCUUUCAUGAAGUGCGUUUCAAUAAUGUCAGCAUCCAAGUCAACUCAGAAAACUUGUAUCGAGUGACCAGCACAUUCUUCCCCCCAGACCCUGAGGCAAUGGCGGAAAUCUGCCAGAAUGGCUACAUGGACGCUCUUCGCUUCCUGCAAGAAAACAAUCUGAUCAGCGGUGCGUCGCCCUUCAGGAGUCUGGACAAUGACGAAUGCAAGCAUGCUUGUUGUGAUCCGCUAGAUACAGGAAAGUCCACUGAGAAGCAGCAAGAACCGAAGCAGCCCGACAAAGACCACUAUUGGGUGGAUCCAAAGACCAUUAUGAAACUCCCAGUUAACAUACAAAAGGUCUUGUGUAAGGCGUGUAAAGAGACACAUGCUGUUGGGGGUUUGUUCACCCAAAUGACCGAUUACCUGCCAAAGAAAGUGACAUCCUACCUACUCUUUGAAUCCCUUGCUCAGAGAGUCAAGGGUUGGAUUCCAGAUGUGCCGAGAGAUAUUAGCUGUCUCUUUGGCCCUGCUGAAGGCAAGCAAGACUUGAAAGUCAAGGCAGAAGACAGGCACAGUCAGCCACUUUUGCGCAGGUGCACAAGCCUGCCAUCAGACCUGAAUCUGUGGAGUCAAAGAAGUGAGGUCAUCAAGGCCCUCACAUUGAACGCAGGGGUCAGUUCUGGGAUUGAUGAAGUCACCACAAAGUCAUCCUCCCCUGGUGUAGCUGGAGGCUGGGGUUUGGGCAGAGUAAUGGGGUGGCUGCAAAACCUUAAACCCAACAAAACAUCAGAGCUGAAGUAAAAGGUCAAUUCUGCACUUUUUGUGCAUUUGAUUAUUUCUACCCCUGUGGAAAAAUAGCAUUCAAUAAAAUGAGAAUCUGUGUUUUGUUGCAAUACUAUCAAAAAACAUGAGUAAACAAACUAGAAUAACAACAGUAGACUUGCUUUUCCAUCUUUUAGGUGUUUUUCAUGUUUUUAUUCAAAUUUGAAAUGUACUGAUUACACAAAAACCGCCACAAUUCCUCACAAACCUCUUCAACUUUUUUUAUUCUAGAUCCUUGUUUUUAAUGUGUAUCAUGCCGUUUUUGUUCUCUUACCAUCCUUGUCAAAAAGCUUCUAUCAUCCAUGUCAUUUUGACCAAAGGACACUAAGUAUGGCAAGUGGAAGUGACCAAAUACAAUCACACUAUGUAAAAAGAUGGUACUGACAAUAAUCCAUCAUGCAUUUUUAUUCAUUCAAAGCUUCAAUAAAACAGCUUUAACAGUCAAAGA